UUGAAUCGAGCUCUUUCGAUUAGAAGACAUAUUAAUAAUAUUAAGGAUCUCAUCACAGCUGUUCGAAGUAAUAUAAAGGAAGUAGAAUUCGAGGAAAUUGAAGAUCGACUUGGAUCAAUUGAAUCAUAUGCAAAGUUUUAUCCAUCGAUCAAGUGUGUUUUCCUUCCAACAGGAAGCAAUGCAGUUAAAACAAUUUUCAUGCAUCCAAACACAGUUGUUAUUAUUGCAAGCAAUGAGAUGUUUGACUAUGCAGUUGUUUAUUCCAUUCUUUCUGUUCACAUCAAAGUUAUUUAUUUCAUUCAUCUUUAUAAUCACCAUGAUAGUUUUAAUGUUGACAUUCCUCUUUCUAUUGAAGCUAUCAAAGUUGGUGUUGAAACAUCAAUUACAGGACAUUUUCCUAAACCAACACCAAACAUCUCAUUUAUUGAUUAUAUUCACUAG